GGUCAUUACUUUAUAGUGUUUAACGUUUGUACUGUUUACUGUUUAGUGUAUUUGGAGAUAUUUUAAAAGUAAACUUCGUAAACAAUUUUUAUUUUUUAUUUGUUACGUCAGGUGCAAUUUUUUCUCAUAGUAUUUUAGUUAAUUUUAAUUGUAUUUCGUGCUUUUUGUGCAAUUAAUCUGUGUGAUUUUGUAAUCUAACAGGAUUUGAACAAUCAAGGGACACGUGCACAAUAUUUGUGAAAGGCAGAAAACAGCAAAUACACGGACGUAUACAAUUUACCUUGCCUACACCAUAAUAAUAUACCAUAUAUUAUUAUAUAUAUAUAUUCGUCCUAAAUAGUAAAUACUGUAGACCGACACCUACCUAUUCCAUAUUGAUCGAGAUCUGCAGUGAUUGUUGAACUAUCACGUGCGUAGGUGAAAAAUAAAAAGAUGUCGUCGUCGUCGUCAUCGUGUUCGAAAACGGAAUCGGUUGAGGACAAGGUAGCCAAGUUCGAAAUUUUCAUCAAUGAUGUACUUAAAGACAGCCUAAAGCAGAUUUCGACAGCUCUGGAUGUGAUCAAUGAACAAAUUUCGGAACUGGAAGAAGUGCGCAACACCGUGGAGACAAUGAGCCGGCUAGAGUACGAUCUCCCAGUCGGCAAGCCGUUGAAGACUCGUGUCAACGUGGGAUGCGACUUCUUCAUGCAAGCAAACGCAGACGUCCGGACGUUCUUGGUAUGCGUGGGCCUGGGUUAUUAUGUUGAGUACACUAAAGACGAGACACUGGCGCAUGUCCAGAUUCGAACCAAGUUACUCAAGGAACGGGCGGAUGAGCUCCGGGACAAAGGGGCCCGGGUCCGAGCUCAAAUCACCCUUGCUCUGCAUUGCAUACAGAACGUGCAAGGCUUAUAGUGAUGCGUAUGCUGGCAGCCAUAUCGUAAAAAACAUUAGCGGUCGAAUGAUACAUUUACAUAAGCGACCACGACCAUACUGAAAACGCAUACGUUAACAAAACUAUAAUAAUUGUCGCUCGUUAUAUUUUUAAAAUGUCAUUCAAAUAAAUUAUUUAAUAUUAAUAUU